UCCAUCAUGUUUGCCCAGUGCACCCAGAAGUGUGCGAGCUCCGUGCUGCUGAUGGUGCUGCUGUACUGCAUCCUUUCUCCUCCUGCACAAGCCAGCAAGAGCUUGCAGGACAUCCGCUGCAAGUGCAUCUGUCCCCCGUACCGGAAUAUCAGUGGGCACAUUUACAAAAAGAAUGUGUUGCAGAAGGACUGCAACUGCCUGCACGUCGUGGAGCCGAUGCCGGUGCCAGGGAAUGACGUGGAGGCAUACUGCCUGCUGUGUGAAUGCAAGUACGAGGAGCGCAGCACCACCACCAUCAAGGUGAUCAUCAUCAUUUACUUGUCGGUGGUGGGGGCCCUGCUGCUUUACAUGGCUUUCCUUGUGCUGGUGGACCCCCUGAUCCGGAAGCCAGAUGCUUAUACCCAGCCCCUGCACAAUGAGGAGGAGAAUGAGGAUGGUCGCUCCUUGGCCGCAGCUCCCACCUCGUCUGGCGCUAGAGCCAACACGGUGCUGGAGAGGGUGGAGGGGGCCCAGCAGCGCUGGAAGCGGCAGGUGCAGGAGCAGGGGAAGACAGUUUCCGCCCGCCACAAGAUGCUGAGCUAG